AUGCAGCAACGACCGGCUGACAACGACCGUUACGUGAAGAACUGUAAGAACGGACGAUCUCCCAAGGAGACGAGAUGGUGGUUCCAUGAUGAUAAAGCUAUCAAACCCUACAUUGGGCCCCGACAUCGAGAUAGCGAAAUCCUCACAUCUGGAGAAAUCCUCCAAUCGCGACUCUCCCUGUUGAAUCACACAGUCAGGAUAGCGAAUUCGGGCCCCGACAUCGGGAUUUCAAAGGCCGCCAAGGACGCCUUAGAAAUCGGCAUGAAGCUCUGGCGAGAGCUCGAGUUAGCCGGAAAAAAUAACAGCAAUCUGGUGUUCGGCAACAAGAGAAAUAUUCUCUACGAUUCUUGGUCCCCAGCAAUGACCGUAAGUUCAAUUUGCAUCAGCAUUCUCUCUAUGUUGUCAAGUUCACCAGUUAAGCAACAACCGGCUGACAACGACCGUUACGUGAAGAACUGUAAGAACGGACGGUCUCCCAAGGAGACGAGAUGGUGGUUCCAUGACGAUAAAGUGUGA